GUUUUAGACAGUUUACUCGCACAAUAUGGAACAGUGGAAAACUGUGAGCAAGUGAACACUGACACGGAGACUGCAGUAGUGAAUGUAACAUAUGCCAAUAAAGAUCACGCUAGACAGGGGCUUGAAAAAUUAAACGGAUAUCAGCUUGAAAACUAUUCCCUUAAAGUGACCUAUAUUCCUGAUGAGAUGGCAGCCCAACAAGCACCCACCCAACAGCUACAGCCUCAGCCGCAGCAGCAGCAUCCUCAAGGUUCCCCUGGGGCUGCUGCAAGACCUAAACCCCAGUCCGAGGUCCCACUGCGUAUGCUAGUUCCUACACAGUUUGUAGGAGCCAUUAUUGGAAAGGAGGGUGCAACCAUCCGAAACAUUACUAAACAAACCCAGUCAAAAAUUGAUAUUCACCGUAAAGAAAAUGCUGGAGCAGCGGAGAAACCAAUUACCAUUCAUUCUACUCCCGAAGGCUGUUCAACAGCUUGUAAAAUAAUUAUGGAAAUUAUGCAGAAGGAAGCGCAGGAUACCAAAUUCACUGAAGAGAUUCCCUUAAAAAUUCUAGCACAUAACAACUUCGUUGGCCGUCUCAUCGGCAAAGAAGGGAGAAACCUGAAGAAAAUUGAGCAGGACACCGAUACAAAAAUUACAAUUUCUCCACUGCAGGACUUGACACUAUAUAAUCCUGAGCGGACUAUUACAGUAAAAGGCAGCAUUGAGGCGUGUGCCAAAGCUGAGGAAGAAAUAAUGAAAAAAAUCAGGGAGUCCUACGAAAAUGAUAUUGCAGCUAUGAAUCUACAAGCUCACUUAAUCCCUGGAUUAAACCUGAACGCAUUGGGUCUCUUUCCACCUUCUUCUUCGGGCAUGCCACCUCCAUCUGUUGGAGUAUCUUCACCGACGACCUCUGCUGCUUAUCCACCUUUUGCCGUAAGGACUGAGAAAUUAUUGGGUCAGAAUAUGGCCAGCAGGCCUUGGUCUGCUUUAGCAAGCACAUAA